UGAAGCAUGCAUAACGUUAUCAAUGGCGGGACAAAAAUAUCGUUAAUAUAUUAUUUUCGAAUCGCGAGACUGAUGAAGAAGGGGCUCGUGGAGGGAAAACAGACAUUUGCGCGUGAGUGAUAUGCAUUGCUGUGCAAAAAACACAUGACAAACAGCGAAUAAGUUGUUCUACAGUCACCGGCAGUAUGGACCCCGGUGUGCUUAUAUUUUUACUAUACAUAAUGAUAGCGCACGAGCUGGUCUGUGGACUGAUGCAGUAUAGAAGAGAAGCAGCUAAGCCACAUAAACGCCUGAUGCGGUGCACCAGUUGCGUGUAGUGACGCUGGUGGCAUUGCAAUUGCACACUUCAACUUUAGGAUGUCUGUGGAACCAGAGUUUUUGGAAAGGUUGGUAACAAUGCCACAGCAAUGAAGACAGAUUGGAAGAACAGGUUAUAUGGCACUGCAUGUUUUUUCUUUGCAUCAUUGCUAUCUCUCUUUAUAGUAAGUGGUGAUGUGUCAAGUAAGAUGCAAACAUGCAAUUUCUAUUUAAGGAAUUAAGACCAUGUUUGUUCAUUGGAUUUUUGCAGUGGCCAGUAUAUUAAUCAGCUUUAGUAAUCAGGUAAUUUACUGAGUUGUUAUGCCCAGUUCAGCAGGUCUCCAACAGAAGUCCUUCAACAGAAGACUUGGCUCAUCAGAUGUGAAUUGGACUGUAAAAAUUCUGGUCCUCUGCGCCUUCUUUGUGCUGAUGUUUCUCUUUACAGUGGAAAACAAAAUCCUCACAUUAACCAUAGUGUGUACUCUUGUGAGUAUGGGAACUGAGGUGAGAAGGAUUUAUUUGUCAUCGAAAAGACUGACCAUAUUCAAAAUCAGCAUAAUAAAUGGAUAAUUCACCCAAAAAUGAAAAUUCUGUCAUCAUUUACUCUCCUUCAUGUUGUUCCAAACUUUUUUUCACAGAACAGAAAAUAAUGUUGGGCAGAAUGUUAGCCUCAGACACUAUUCACAUCCAUUUUAUGGAGAGAAAAAAAAAAGAUGCAAUGAAAGUGAGUGGAGACAGGCUAGCAUUCUGCCAAACAUUUCCUGUUGUAUGUUGCAUGGCUUUAAUUUUAUUUUUCUUUCUGAUUGCACUUCUGUUCUUAGAACAGUUGUGCCAAACAAACCAAUCGUACAAAAUUGCCACAACAAUGCAGAGUGUUUAGGUGAACAGUCGAAUUGGAUGUGCAGUUGAAGUCAGAUGUUUACACACACCUUAGCCAAACACAUUUAAACUCAGUUUUUCACAGUUCCUGACAUUAAAUUGUAGAAAACAUUCCCUGUCUUAGGUCAGUUAGGAUCACUGCUUUAUUUUAAGAAUGUGAAAUGUCAGAAUAAUAGUAGAGAGAAUGAUUUAUUUCAGCUUUUAUUUCUUUCAUCACAUUCUCAGUGGGUCAGAAGUUUACAUACAAUUUGUUAGUAUUUGGUAGCAUUGCCUUUAAAUUGUUUAACUUUAGUCAAACAUUUUGGGUAGCCUUCCACAAGCUUCUCACAAUAAGUUGCUGGAAUUUUGUCCCAUUCCUCCAGACAGAACUGGUGUAACUGAGUAAGGUUUGUAGGCCUCCUUGCUCGCACACGCUUUUUCUGUUCUGCCCACAAAUUUUCUAUCGGAUUGAGGUUUGGGCUUUGUGAUGGCCACACUUUGUUGUCCUUAAGCCAUUUUGCCACAACUUUGGAGGUAUGCUUGGGGUCAUUGUCCAUUUGGAAGACCCAUUUGCAACCGAGCUUUAACCUAAUGGAUGAUGUCUUGAGAUGUUGCUUCUAUAUAUCCACAUAAUUUUCCUUCCUCAUGAUGCCAUCUAUUUUGUGAAAUGUACCUGUCCCUCCUGCAGCAAAGCACCCCCACAACAUGAUGCUGCCACCCCCAUGCUUCACAGUUGGGAUGGUGUUCCUCGGCUGGCAAGCCUCACCCUUUUUCCUAACAUAACGAUGGUCAUUAUGGCCAAAACGUUACAUUUUUGUUUCAUCAGACCAGAGGAAAUCUCUCCAGAAAGUAAGAUCUUUGUCCCCAUGUGCACUUGCAAACUUUAGUCUGGCUUAUUUAUGGAGAUUUUGGAGCAGUGGCUUCUUCCUUGCGGAACAGCCUUUCAGGUUAUGUUGAUAUAGGACUCGUUUUACUGUGGAUAUAGAUACUUGUCUACCUGUUUCCUCUAGCAUCUUCACAAGGUUCUUUGCUGUUCUGGGAUUGAUUUUCACUUUUCACACCAAACUACGUUCAUCUCUAGGAGACAGAAUGCAUCUCCUUCCUGAGCGGUAUGAUGGCUGCGUGGUCCCAUGGUGUUUAUACUUGUGUACUGUUGUUUGUACAGACAAACGUGGUACCUUCAGGCAUUUGGAAAUUGCUCCCAAGGAUGAACCAGACUUGUGGAGGUCCACAAUUUUUUUUUCUGAGGUCUUGGCUGAUUUAUUUUGAUUUUCCCAUGAUGUCAAGCAUUGGACACUGAGUUUGAAGGUAGGCCUUAAAAUACAUCCACAGGUACUCCUCCAAUUGACUCUAAUCAGCCUAUCAGAAGCUAAUUGGCUAAUUGCCUAAAGGCUUUGACAUCAUUUUCUGUAAUUUUCCAAGCUGCUUAAAGGCACAGUUAACUUAGUGAGUGUAAACAUCUGACCCACUGGAAUUGUGUUAAAGUCAAUGAAAAGUGAAACAAUCUGUCUGUAAACAAUUGUUGGAAAAAUUACUUUUGUCAUGCCAAAAUAUAUUUUGCUAAUAUGAAAUCUGUGGAGUGGUUAAAAAAUUAGUUUUAAUGACUUAAACCUAAGUGUAUGUAAACUUCUGAAUUCAACUGUAUAUGACUUGUAUGUGGAUGUAAUGACUGCUUUGUCAUCCAAGGGUGCAUUUAGGGUUGGACAUCAUUCAUCAGGUAUAUCUUACGUCACAUGCAUGCCAUAUAAGCUUGAUUACAGGCUGCCUUUAUCUUGACUGAUUCAGCAAACAGAUUUCAGCCUUCAUAUGAAGUGGAGCCAAUUACAACAUCAUAUAAACUUCUCUGAAUUCAUUGUUUACCGUAAACUGGUCCAGUAUGUCUUGCGUAUCUGACAGUUCUGGUCUCAACAAGGCCCUGCGCCAGCAAUACCUCAAUCUGCCUCAGGGAGGCUUCUGUCAGAUCACUUAUAUCUGGAUUGAUGGCUCAGGAGAGGGUCUGCGUAAUAAGACUCGAACCAUGGAUUCUGAACCAAAGAGUAUCGCUGAUCUGCCAGAAUGGAACUUCGAUGGUUCCAGCACAGGGCAGGCUAUAGGAUCCAACAGCGACAUGCUUCUGAUUCCAGUCAGCAUGUUCAGGGACCCCUUCCUUUUGGACCCUAACAAACUAGUCCUGUGUGAGGUGCUCAAGCACACCCGAGAACCUGCAGAAUCAAACCAUCGUAACUGCUGUAACAAGAUCAUGGAGAAGGUCAAAGAGCUCCACCCUUGGUUUGGCAUGGAACAAGAGUAUACUCUUUUUGGAGUGGAUGGACACCCUUUCGGCUGGCCCAGACUUGGCUACCCCAAGCCACAAGGUCCAUAUUACUGCAGUGUUGGUGCUGACAGGGCUUUUGGCAGAGACAUUGUGGAGUGCCAUUAUAAAGCCUGUCUGUACGCUGGCAUCAAAAUCUGUGGCACUAACGCAGAGGUCAUGCCCUCUCAGUGGGAGUUCCAGGUGGGGCCAUGUGAAGGUAUUGAGAUGGGAGAUCACCUGUGGAUGGCCCGUUUCCUGCUAAACAGGGUGUGUGAAGAUUUUGGGGUGGUGGCCAGUCUGGAUCCAAAACCCAUGAAAGGAGAUUGGAAUGGAACUGGUUGCCACACCAAUGUGAGCACUGUGCACACCAGAGCGAAAGGAGGAAUUGAACAUAUCGAGAAAGCCAUCGAGAAACUGAGAAAGCGGCAUGCAGAGCAUAUUCGUGUUUACGACCCACAAGGUGGUGAGGAUAACAAGCGCCGCCUCACAGGUCUUCAUGAGACCUCCAGCAUCCAUGAUUUCUCCGCAGGUGUUGCCAACCGGGGGGCCAGCAUCCGUAUUCCCCUCCAGGUGGGUCAGGACAAAUGCGGUUACUUUGAGGAUCGCCGUCCUGCUGCCAACUGUGACCCAUAUUCCGUGACCUGCGCAAUCGCUCGCACCUGCAUGCUGGAAGAGGAAGAUGUCCAUGAAUUGGAAUAAUAAUUUCUAAAUUAUAAAUAGCAAUGGUUUUAGUAUGCCAGGUUGAGGGCAUAGAAUUAUAUUUAUUACAUUACCCCAUUUUUUGAGGUUUGCAUUCUCUGUAAAACAUACACUACACAUAAUAUUACAAUCUUAAUUUGAAAACCUAUAUAAUAUAUCUAUAUUAUAUAGAUAUUAGCAAUUCAUAAUUACAUGUUCUUUCAACCAUUAGAAUCUCAGUUAUCUACACUUGAAAAAUGAAUGGUUUGGUUGACAGCCUUUGGCAAUCCUAAAUAGUAUAAAAAUAAAGAAUCACCAUGUGUUUUUCCAUGUUUGUGUUGAAGUUACAAUACGUAUCGAUGAUUGGAAAGGUUAAUGUUAUUAAAAUGAAUUGUAUUCCAAAAUGUAUCUACCUGCUACAGUCCCUACCUGUAGAUGUCCCCCUCUCUUAUUUCAAGCAAUUCGAUAGCAUAGCGAAGUCCUUCAUUUGGAAUGGUAAACGUCCCAGAUUGCAUUUUAAUAAGUUACAUAGGCCGAUUGACAAAGGUGGGCUAGGCCCACCCAAGAUUUUGUUUUAUUACUAUGCGUUCAGUCUCAGACAUUUGGCUCAUUGGUCACUUCCACCUGAGAGAGCCCCUCCCUGGUUUGUUAUUGAACAGGCAGUUCUUGCCCCUAUUUCGCCAUUACAAAGCAUCUCUAUCAAACUAAUUGGAAGAGUUAAAUUACACCCCGUUAUUUCGCAUUUACACUCGGUAUGGACUAAAGUGUCCAGAUUGUUUAAAUUGGACACUUAUUUAAAUGUUGCCUCAAGCAUAUGGCAGAACCCAAGAUUAUGUAUUGGCAAGUCCCCUUUCUGCUGGCCAGAGUGGAUUGUGAGGGGGGUUGCUACACUCGGUUACCUAUAAGUGGAGUGUUGAGAUCGUUUGAAAACUUGGUCCAACAUUUUGGGAUCCCCAGACCUCAGUUUUAUAGGUAUUUACAAUUGCGCCACCUGCUUUGUACUAUUUUUGGGCGUAGCACACACCCCCCUAAGGAGGCAGAUACUUUGGGAGAGGUGAUUGCGGCUUUUGGAAAAGGUCAUGAGGCAUCAGUGUACUGCUCCCUGUUAAUUCGGAGUAUGGGGGAUGGAGCUUUAACUUCUAUUAAGAAAUUAUGGGAGAAAGAUUUGAAUUUGGUAUUGGAGGAUGGAGUGUGGACUAAGAUUCUGAAAAAUGUCAAGUCUGCAUCUAGAGAUGCAAGGGUUCGCCUUAUGCAAUUUAAGAUUUUACAAAGAUUUUGUUGGACCCCCUCUAGAUUAUAUAGGCUUGGUCUUAAAGACACACCCACCUGCUGGCGAUGCCAAUCAGAAGUUGGAGACACAGCCCAUGUUUUUUGGGGAUGUGUUAAGAUCCAAGAUUUUUGGUUAAAGAUUCAGAAUAAUUUGCAUGACAUUCUGGGCACUCAAAUUUUACUUUGCCCCAGACUUUGCAUUUUGGGCGAUGGGGAAGUUAUAAAUUCGGGCGACAAAUAUAUUGGAUAAAAAAUUGGAUUCUUACUGGCGUGAUGAUCGGUAGACAAAUUAUUUUAAGGGGAUGGAAGUCAGACGGAGUGCCACCAUUUCCGGAGUGGUGUGCGGAGAUGGGGAGGGUGGCGGCUUAUGAGAAGAUUAUAGAUGGAAGGCUGGGGCUGGAGGACUUAUUUUUCAGGAAGUGGGGUAGGUAUUUGGCAGUUUUGGAGGACUCUAGGGGAAGGGAUGAGGAGGGAGAUGUUUAGUUUAAUUAUGUAUAUAUAUAUAUAUAUAUAAUUUUUUAUUUAACAAUAAUAUUGUAUUGUUUGUGUGUGUGUGUAUUUUAUGUGACCACA